AUGAUAGUCUAUUUACACACCAGACCACCAAAAGGUCUCAGGGAUCUUGAACGAGCCCUUCAGGGCUUUGCCAUCGAUAACGGCGCUACUAUCGCUGACAAUGACCUCGUACUCGCCCUGCUCGACGCACCACUGGCUGCGGUUCUCGUCCCAGAAGCUGGCAGCAUACUUGGUCUCGAUGUCGACCUUGACCGUCUUCUUCUCGCCCGCGUCGAGCUCGACCUUGGCAAAUCCCUUGAGCUCCUUGACGGGUCUGUUGAUGCUCGGCUUUUGCUUGGGCGCGACGUAGACCUGAACAACCUCGGCACCCUUGACGCUGCCCGUGUUGGACACGGUCGCCUCGACGGUGACGAGGUUGCCGUCUUGCCCGACCUUCAAGUCGCCAAAGGCAAACGUGGUGUAGCUGAGACCGUGACCAAAGGGGAACAGCACGGCGCGGUCGGUGGCCUCGUAGAAGCGGUAGCCGAUGUAGACGUCCUCGCCGUACAGGGUGCGGGCGGCCUCGGCCCGGAAGUUGAGGAAGGCCGGGUUGUCCUGCAGGCGGAUGGGGAAGGAGAGGGGAAGCUUGCCGCUGGGGUUGACGUCGCCAAAGAGCACGUCGGCGAUGGCGUUGCCCGUCUCGUUGCCGCCGUACCACGACUGCACGAUGGCGGCGACAUCGGCGUGCCAGGGCAUCUCCACGGGCGUGCCCGACUGCAUGACGACGACCGUGUUAUUGUUGGCGGCGGCCACAGCGGCGAUGAGGUCGUCCAUGGGGGCCGGGAGCUUCAUGUCGUCGCGGUCGUGGCCCUCGGUUUCCCAGUCGGCGUUGAGCCCGCCGCAGAUGAUGACCUGGUCCGCGUCCCUGGCCAGCGCCGCCGCCUUGGCGAUCUCCUCCUCGGCGUCGAUGCACUUGCAUCCGCCCAUGCGCAGCGCGCCCUCGCCGAGCGCCAUGCCCUCGGUCGGGAGCGUCGACGUCGGCGCGCUGCCGUACUCGAGCUUGAUGUGGUACUUUUCGCCCUUGGUCAGCUUGUAGGUGCCCUUCUCCUCGACGGUGCCGGUGCCGAAAAAGGCGUCACCCUGGCGCUGCUUGGUGGCGUUUUACUUACGAUCACCGUUGAUAAAAAGCUUGCCCGAGCCGCUGACGACGACACCAAACUCCCAGGUGCAGUCCUCCUCGGCAACGAGGUAGCCCUCGUAGUCUGCGUACCACGUCUUGGACUUGAGCUUGGGGUUGUAGUAGUCGACAAAGAGGUGGUCGGUCUUUGUAAAGGUGAACUCGUCUGUGCACACGCGGUUGGCAUCGGUCGGCGGCUCGUUGAAGACGCGCAUCGUCAUGCCGGGCUCGCCCUUGGCGGUCUUGGUGGCGCCACCCAGCACGGGCAGCAUCUUGUGCGAGUAGGCACCGACGGCGAACUCGGGCUCCUUGCCGAGCUUGGCCUUGAUGCCGUCGAAGGGUGUGACGGCGUAGAAGGCCAGGAGCGAGGCCGAGCCGCCGCCGUGCACCUGCGAGUCGGUGCCAAUGCGACGAAGCAGGGCUGCCGUCUCAGGGGUGUCCUGGUCCGUCGUCUCCGGGCCGUUCUCCUCGACGCCGGCGGCGGCGCACUUGUUGAUGAACUUGAGCAUGGCGCGGGCACGCUCGUCGAGGACAUGCUUGCGGACCUUGUCGGUGUCGACGCAGAACUUGAGGAGGUUGCCACGGAAGCGCGGAGGGCCGGGCAUCUCGAGGUCGAGACCGGCGUUGGCGGCCUCGGUGGUGGUGUAGGUGCCGUACCAAUCGCUCAUGACCAUGCCGUCCCAGCCCCACUCCUUCCGCAGCAUGUCGUCCAGCAGCUUGGGGUUCUCGCUGCAGUAGGUGCCGUUGACGCCGUUGUAGGCCGUCAUGAAGGAGGCCGGGUUGGAGUCGCGCACGGCGAUCUGGAAGGGCAGGGCGUAGAUCUCACGGAGGGCGCGCUCCGUCAGUAUGCUCUGGACGGCGUUGCGACGGUGCUCCUGGUCGUUGCAUACAAAGUGCUUGAUGGUGGCCUGGACGCCGGUGCUCUGGAUGCCACGCACGAUGGCGGCAGCGCCGAGCCCGGCCAGCACCGGGUCCUCGCUCAGCGACUCGAACCCACGGCCGCCGAGCGGGCCACGCUGCAUGUUGAUGGUGGGGCCGAGGAUGGCGUGGGCGCUCUUUGUCUUGGCGUCCUCACCCAUCUUGCGGCCGGCCUCUUCUAG